CUCAAUUCUUGAAUAUCCACAAACUCCAUCACCACUAUAUAUCGAAAACAAGAUAACACUUGCAGAAAUGAUUGUACGAGGUACAGUGGUGAUGCUUCCUGAAAGCCCACGAAGUUUAAUCGUACAAGAGGUGAAGCCUACCGAGGGUUCUGUCUUGGAACCGCCUUCACCAGCUGCUCCAGAAACGUUAGAGGAACCUGUCCUCCUAACAUGUGUUGAAGACACUUCUCCACAGGAACCUGUUCUUGAGAAAUCCGAGCCCACCACCGACCCCCUUGAUUCCAAUACUAAUGAGUCACACAAAUCUAUAGACGAGGAAGUGCCCUGUGAUGCUGAAUCCAUCCCGUCUAUAGAAGUUCUUAAUACCGAACUCUCACCGGAGGAUUCAGACGAAACCUUCUUUGAUUCCCUACUUGACGGGUACGACCAUUCUUACCCGAAGGAAAGUUAUAGUCAAAUGAGCUCGGACGAACUUUUGAUGAGCGACACUAAAGAAUCAGGGGAAGGCGAUGCCGUAAUCAUCGAACCACUAACAGAAAGUCAACCCAUUGAAGACUUUGAAGGUCAUGUACUGGCGAUUAAGGCCAAUGAUGUGGAUAAACCAAGGAGACUCACACCACCACCUAUCCAAGACGAGUCUCCUCCAAUUUUCCUGUUGCCACCAAGCUGCAGGAAUGAGUCAAAGAUCCUGGACUUUGAUUGGAAAAGAAUAAGACAGAUGUGGCAUUAGAAGAGAGUUUAAAAGGUCAAACUUUAUGACUCGCGGAUCGGUGGAGCUUCGAAUUAGGAAUGCUCGUGAACCAUUUUGACUCAACAAAAAAAAGAAAUGACUAACUUUUGU